AUGUGGAUCCUUGAGUCUGAAGGGGAUUUCCUUGAGGGGAAGCGCGUCUGGCUGCGCCCGGGGAAGAAGUAUCUGUUCGGUCGGGCUAGAGAAGGUGGAGUGAGACAUGCCAUUGCGAAUAAGACUAUCUCGCGGAAGCAUCUCUUGAUCGAAGUCUCCCCUGUCAAGCCGGGCGAUGGGGCACAUCUCCACACCAAGUCAGAAAUAACUGUUACCGAUCUGGGAUCGAAGUUGGGUACCAAGGUUAAUGGUGAAAAGAUAAGUGGGAAUACGAAGUUGGAGGGCCAGCACCACGAGCUGCAACUGGGGCGCUAUGAGCAUAUGCUGCGGAUCAAAUGGUGUCCCACGGUGCUGAGCUUUUCCUUCUCGAGCAAAGAGCUCAAAGCCAGAGACCCUCUCGCACGAGUGCGCUCCCGACUCGAAGACCUCGAUAUCAAGACGAUCAUACCCUACGUAGUCGACAAGACGACGCAUGUGGUUCAGAGCAAACGGAAUACAGCGAAGGGCUUGCAAGCAUUGGUGAAUGCCAAGCACAUUGUUCAGGAUACCUACGUGGACGCCCUGGUUUAUGCGGCGACUCCAAGUGACCUGGACAGCCCCGAGUCCUUGUGCCCUCUCGAGGCUGACUUCGACUCGGCAUGGCCGGACCCAGCCGAGCAUCUUCCUCCUCCGGGAAAGGAAACGACUCAACGGCCCAAAGAGGCCUUUGCGCCCAACCCCGCCCGCUUGAGCAUCUUCGAGGGGUUCACCUUCGUUUUCGGCGAUGCCACACAGAUGGAGAAUCUGGAAGAUGCCCUGACCAACGGCCAGGGGAAGGUCUUACUAUAUCAGAUCGAGGACGGAGUGACUACAGCUGAGGAAUUUGCGCAGUUCAUGAGGAACGCUGCGGGGAAUAAAGGGUUGGGAAGUCAGCGAGAUAGCCCUGGCGGUGUGGUGCAUGUUCGGUACCGUGCCAAGGGUCGCCAUGAGGAGUGGUCCCUGGAGCUCAGUAAACAGAUUGCACUCCUGACCGAGCAGCGGGUGAUUGAGCAGAGUGAAUUUCUGGACGCCAUUCUGGGCAACAACGCGGCUCCGCUCUGUCAGCCUCUACUUGAGGAGGUCGAUGCUAGCGACGAGGCAAACGCAGAGCCUUCUCCGCAGCCUCCACCCGCACGAAAGUCCCGGCCUCGUGUGCGGGGCUAUGUAAGUAAGAUGAAGACAUUUGAUGAUGGCUUCGACAUCAACUCCAUUCCAGCCCAUGCGCCAGAGGAAAGCUCAGCGAUGUCUCCUCCUCCGAUGGAAAUCGAACCUGCGUCUGUCCAGGAGUCGCAGCAGAACAGCUUGAACGACGAGGAAGAUAUCGUCUCUAGUCUACUGCCAGGUGCGGCGGCGAUGAAACGUCGACGUACUGAGACCAUUCGACAAUCUGGAGACGAUGAAGCGUCCCAGCCCAAGGAGGAAUCCCCUCGCAAACCUAAGCGUCAGAAACUAGAUGUGCUCGAGGCCGCCCGACAGCAUCGGGAAGCCGAAGAGGAUGCCCAGCGUCAGCGCCGAGUUGCGGAAGAGGCAUCUCUCCAGGACUCCUUGCAAGAGGUGGAUAUUGAGAAGCUCAAAGGUCUCGCUAUUGUGGAGGAGAUGGAGAUCAAGCCGCGCAAUGUCGAUGCAGAGGAUAGCCGCUGGAACGAUCGGUGGAACGGGCGCAAAAACUUCAAAAAGUUCCGACGGAAAGGCGAUCCUAGCCAGCCGCGCUACCGCAUCCAGACCGUCAUAGUUCCUUUAGAAGAGGUCACCCGCAAAGAAUUUGGGAUAGGCGAACAUUACUGGGUGAGCAACAGUCAUCGAUCGACCGAGGCCGUUGUGGCAGAGAGCCCUCCAGAGCCAACGAUGACCCCGAGCGGUACGGUGGCGUCUCGCUCACAGUCCCUAGCGCGCACAGACUCGGAGGUGGCUGCGCCUCGUACGCAGAAACGAACGCGAGAAGAGCGUGAGGAAUCCGACAGCGACGAUGAACUUCGAUUUCGAUUCCGCCGCCGGAGAUGA